AGAAGCGAGUCCGUCGUGUGAAUGACUUGGUGCCGGCAGGAUCUCUCUGCCGUAGGCUCGAGACUCGCCGUGAGCCGUCAAAAUUUUAAGAGGGUGCCGCUCUAAACUAGGAAUGAAGCUCCUAAGUCCAUCGUUAGGUGCGGGGCGCUGUGCGGCUGCACUCGCGAGGCCGUACUCGCAAUCCGUCGUUCGCUUCCGUGGAAGAUGUGAAACCGACAAGUGUCAAGCCUAAGCCUUUCAGCGAAGUUCCGAGGGUUCCCUCACUGCCGUUGGUUGGAAGUUCAUGGAUGUACUGGCGUCUUGUGGGCAAGUACCACCCGGACCGGCGCCACAUCGCGGCUUCGGACAUGUACCGCAAGUACGGUCCGGUGGUAGCCGAGCGCCUGCCGGGCCGCUACUCGCUGGUACACCUCUUCAGUGCCAACGAUUUCCGGACGCUGUACCAAGAAGAAGGCAAGAUGCCCUUUCGUAUGGGGGCCACAGCAUUCAAGCGGUACCGUGAGAGCCGGCCUCAGUACUACGACAACAUCGGUAUCCUCAAUCUGCAAGGCCAGGAGUGGUACAACGUCCGUUCGAAGACGCAGCCGUACACGCUCCGGCCACGCACAAUCAUGUCCUAUGUGCCCGGCAUGGACCUGAUUGCUGAGGAUGCCCUGCGGCUCAUCGAAAAGACACGAGACGAGAAAAAAGAAGUGGAUGACUGCUACACGAUACUCUACCGCUGGGCACUCGAGAGCGUGAUGCUGGCUUCGGCUGACACGCGAGCAGGCUGCCUGGCCGACCCGCUUCCGCCAACAUCUGACGGCGCAGCUUUCCUGCAAGACAUGAACGACGUGUUCGGUUGCCUGCAGAUCUUCGGCUACCGCUUCCCGUACUUCCGCUACUUCCGCACGCCUACUUGGCGCAAGUUUGAGAAGUCCAUGGAUGCAUUCACCCUGCGACUUUUCAAGCACAUCCAAGAGGCCGCGAACCGACUUAAGACACGGAAGACCGACCAAGAAUACACCAUCUUGGAACACUUAUUGGUGGAGAAAAAACUGGGCUUUGGCGAAAUACUUUCCUUUAUGAGCGACUUCAUUAUGGGAGGCGCUGACACGACAUCAAGCUCUGCCACGUUUUGCAUAUACAACUUAGCAAAGAAUCCGGAAGCGCAAGAAAAGGCGCGCCAGGAGGUAUUGUCCGUAGUGGGUGAAAAUUGUCAAGCUGUGGAAUCCCGUCAUCUCAGUAACUUGCCAUUCGUGAAGGCUUGCCUCAAGGAAUCACUCAGGUUAAACCCAGUGCUGUCCGGUGUCUUCCGUAAACUGGACCAUGAUGUCGUCAUGUCUGGCUACACCAUUCCUGCAGGUACGCCAGUGUUCACGGAAAACUACGUUGCCAGUCAGUUGGAGGAGAACUUUACCAACGCACACGCGUUUCUUCCCGAGCGCUGGCUGAAGUCCGAAGAGCAGCGUGACGACUGGAACCUACACCCGUAUGCGUCCUUGCCGUUCAGCUUCGGCCCACGAAUGUGCCUUGGCCGAAGAAUGGCGGAGCUGGAGGUCUGGAUCCUCCUCGUAAAACUGCUGUCGAAGUACAGGAUCGAGUACCAUUACGAGGACAUUGGAUUCGUCGGGAAACUGGCCAAUGCUCCGGACAAGCCAGCAAGGUUUCGGUUCGUCGAGCUCGAGCCCAAUGCUUAAUUUAAUGCUUCGGAAAAUCUAUAUUUUACUCUCAGUAUUGUCGAUUACUGUGGUUGUGUUUCGGAUACUCUCAGCGAAGCAGUCUCGAGGUGUCCUUUGCGACGAAUAAGGUAUCUUUUGAGGCCAUAAAAUGUGAAAGAAGCUUGCGGUGAAAAAGCGAUAAUAAGGAGUACUAUAAUAAGGAGUACUUAAUGUGAGCGAGUGAAGAAAAGUGUGUGAAGUAGUGACACUAAUAUAAAGCGAAAUGAUUUACUGAGACACCAGUUUAGCGCUAAAAAUAGUGUCAGCCUUGUCGCUCUCGUCCGUCCAUUGCGUUACGUUGACGACGACCAUCGUCGUCAACGACGUCAUAUAAGUUCUUUUCUUUCGUCGUCAGGCCACCUUGUGGUUCGUAGCUUCACCAUCACCAAAGGUCGAAGAAAAAAUGGCUGUGGCUUAGCUUAGCUAACCCUUAGCUUGGUUAAGUCGUGGUUUUACUUGGUUAACCUUUGAUUUAGCUGUAAUGAUUAUACUUAGGUAUACGCUCAUCGUUAAGCCAGGUAUAAAUUAUGAGCCGACAAGUCCUAGCGUUUUGCGAGUCGAACGGCUCGCUCUUCCUCAGUCUCCGAUGCUAGCUUCACGCGCUUGGCAUUCCGUAAACUCUUCAGUGAAGCAGCUCGAUGGGAGAUAUCCGCGGGGUGGUCAGACGCCGCUUGCCGACGACGGCUCAAAGCCUCCCGCUCCCGCGCAACGCUCAGAGAAGACGGCCCGGCCUCGCUUUCAUCCAUGGCGAGCGCGGCGUUCCUUUUAGCCAGGGGCGCGGCGAGUCACGUGGUCAGGCGGCGUCCAGCAGUGGAGAGCGCAUGCGCCAAUCCGGCAGCGAAGCUCGGCACGGCGAGUCACGUGAUCCGUUGCCAAGACUACGGCGCAGCUGCGGUCAAAUGAAGGUCAAAUUGCUGGCGACUGCGAAACUCGACUCGACUAGGUUAGUAAAGCGUUCGCUUUAAAAUAAUCCUUAUCCACAACCGCCACCACUGGGAUAGUAAAGCACGUUACCGGAGCCAUGUGGGGAGUCGGGCGCGAUAACCACAGCGCUAUCGAGCACCAACACCACUGGGAAAUUACGGGAGUCAUAUAGGUUUCUACAAAAAAUGUGUAGGCGUAACUUCGGAGCUAGUGUUUGUUGUAGCUGUAAGCAUGACGGUUCAGCCAGCAUCGCAUUGAUGGUUCACAAAUGGAUUUGCCUAAAUUUCGCCUUUCUGCCUUCAAACGGUGUUGUGAUUUUGCAAGCUGAUCAUUUCCUAAAAAUAUUCCUUUACAAAUGAAAACAGUUCGCAAAUUUUAUGCAGACUUGCAGAACCUUAUCGGCUUGUGCAUUUAGAAAAGGAUACAUUGCUUUGAAAUUUAGGUCAAUAAAGGCCGAUAAAACCUAGUAAACAAUGCCGAAGGUCAGACAAAAAAUUCAGAGCCCUUCCACGAUGUGAAGAUGGAAGACCAGUGAAGCUGUACUUGUCGAUAACUAUAUUAAGGUACAUAUGGUUAAUUGCUGUAUUGAUUGAAUAAAGACACACACAUAACUUC